AUGUCUGGUUAUAUCGGAACUCCACUCUACGGCGGCGCAAUCGUCUGCGACCUUCCUGCGAAGUUUGCUGAUGUCAGCAAGCUGCGCCAGGUCCCUGACAACCAGGAGGUAUGGAUCGACAAGAACGGCUAUACUAGUAUCAUAUUUGACAUCACCGAGCGAGUUGGCGGCCCUGGUUCCGGCCUGGAGAUCGAUGGCCAGGCCCUGACGACCCAUCUCGAAGACAUGGUUGGCUCUGACAUUGAUACCGUCAAGAUCUGGAACACGGCCGAGACGGAAUUUACUCGCCUGGAAUCCAAACCGCCAGCGUACACGCUCAUAGCUACCCAAACGCGAAAAAUCAGCCAGGCGCAAGGGCAACCCUCUACGCCCGACUUUACCGCGAUUAUUAUGACCCUCCUACGCCUUGAGGAGUAUCAGACGGAUAUACUCAUCACCACAAACGUUCCUCACAUCAGGGGCGAGUACGACGAGGAUGAUGUUGACCUCGAACUCGGCAAGCAGGGCAAGCUCAUUGGUGACGCUGUUGAAUAUUCAGCUCGCAUUUGGGAGACGUUCAAGAUCAAGGACCAUGGUCUGUUUGGAGAGCACUGA